AUGAAUGACACCGGCGGUCAUCCAGGCGUGCGGAGCCUGCUUGCUAAGUUCGAAAACAACCAGACCAGUGCUCCCUCACCACCAUCGCGAGGCCGGUCACCCGCUGGCUCUGAUAACUCGGGUUCGGUGAGGCCUCUGUCCAAAGUCCGUGCGAGCUUCGUUGCUGUCGACGGGGCCACCCAGCCCAAUCCCCUUGCGGGUCUGCGCAGUGUCAGUGUGCGCAGCGACAGCCCGGCCGGCCCGACUCGAGUGAGGAGCUUUCACUCGGACGACAUGGAAGGUGGAUUGAAGAGCCCGCUAUCUCCUACGGGAAACGGGUUCUCGUGGAGAACCUCUGCUCCGUCAGCGACAGAGUCUGAGAUAGCACCAAAGCCCACCGUGGAAAAAGUUGCUACGCCUGUUGUGGAGGAAGCCAAGCCCUCGGAGGAUAAAGAGAACACUCCUGCCGAUGAUACUACCGAGCCCACUGCAGCCGUAUCAAACACCCCAUCGCCAAAGAAACCCGCAGCCCCGCGCCCAGCUGCGAUUCAGGUAGCCAAAAGGGCGGCUCCUGCGAAGCCUGCUGCGAAGUCGCCUGCCCAUCCUCGUACGCCAACCUCCCCAGCCAAGCCUGCCGACCAUACGACCAGAACUAUCCGCACGUCCAGACCAUCUUCCAACGCGAAGCCUACUUCGCUCGAGCCAGCUAAGACUGCAACUCAUAAGUCAAGCCGGGCAUCUUUGAACCCCCCGACUAAGCCUGCCACCCGAACCGUGCGUCCUUCUGCGUCAGCAAGAGACUUGACUAAGCCGACGGCCUCGAGUGCUUCUCGCACCACUCGACAGGUGUCUACGUCAACUCGCCCUUCGGCCCCCACGUCGACCGCAACGGCGGCGGCCAAGAAGGCGCCCGCAGCCACGCCUGCUGCUCCCCUAUCGCGCAAGCCCUCUUCACUGAAGAAUGCAAGCACCACCACGCAGCGUCGCGCCAUCACUCCGACUGCGGCCAGUCUGCGCAAGCAAGCCCCUCGCGCCUCCCCUCCUGAGAGACCACACUCACGAACGAGCACCACCAGCUCUAAGCCAGUGGAUGAGGGCUUCUUGGCAAGAAUGAUGCGUCCGACAGCAAGUUCUGCCAGCAAGUCGCAUGACAAGGUGGAGAUCAAGAGUCCUCCACGCCCGGCCAAAACAGUUCAAGCUCCGCGGCGGGUUCCUUCCAAGCUGGAAAGUCGUCCACCACGCCUGACCAAGCCUGAUCAUGGCAAGCAGCAUGGAGCCUCCGCCGAGCCGCAGAAGCCUAAGCCCAAGCCCGAGCAAGAUACUUCCACGGAGGAAACAGCGAAGUCGCAUGCGGCCCUUCAGGCGCAGCUUGCAGAGCCCGAGGCCAACGUAUCCGAGGAGACUCCUAUCCAGACAUUGGCGGUUGACGAGGAGCCUAAGCCGCUAGUGGUGGAAGAGGUUGCUGCCCCUGUGACGGAAGCCCCAGCUGAGAGUGCCGUCAUCUCCAAUGGCGUCGAGACCACCGAGCAGCCGGCUCCCAUUCAGGAGCACGUUGUUGAAUCUCUCCCUUCCGUUUCCGAAGAUGACGCCGUUUCGGUCGCUGAGCCGCCCGCAAAUGAUGCUCCUGAGCCGGAGACUUCGGCUGAGAAGGUUGCACCUGUUGAAGGUCAUGCGGAUCCUGCCACUGAGACCUCUGAACAGACACCCAUGAAGGCUUCCGACGAGGUCGACCUUGAUAUGGAUAAGCUUGCUCUCAACUGA